UCCCUUCUUUUCCUUCUGUCGGGAGGGAUGUGCUCUGAGGCAGAGCACAGGCUGUUCUCGGUCAUCUUUUCCAAGUACAACCAGUACAUCCGACCGGUGGAGAACGUCUCCGACCCGGUCAUCGUGCAGUUCGAGGUGUCCAUGUCCCAGCUGGUGAAGGUGGAUGAAGUUAAUCAGAUCAUGGAGACCAACCUGUGGCUGAGACACAUCUGGAAUGAUUACAAACUGAAAUGGGAUCCCAAGGAGUAUGGAGGGGUGGAGUUUAUCCGAGUGCCAUCCAAUCGCAUCUGGAAGCCUGACAUUGUUCUCUACAAUAAUGCUGUGGGGGACUUCCAGGUGGAUGAUAAGACCAAAGCCCUGCUGCGCUACAACGGUGACGUCACCUGGAUCCCGCCAGCCAUCUUCAAGAGCUCCUGCAAGAUCGACGUCACCUACUUCCCCUUCGACUACCAGAACUGCACCAUGAAGUUCGGCUCCUGGACCUAUGACAAGGCCAAGAUUGACCUGGUCCUGAUCGGCUCCACCAUCAACCUGAAGGACUUCUGGGAGAGCGGGGAGUGGAUGAUCAUCGACGCACCAGGCUACAAGCACGACAUCAAGUACAACUGCUGCGAGGAGAUCUACCCGGACAUCACCUACUCACUCUACAUCCGCCGCCUCCCGCUCUUCUACACCAUCAACAUGAUCAUCCCCUGCCUGCUCAUCUCCUUCCUGACCGUGCUGGUCUUCUACCUGCCCUCGGACUGUGGAGAGAAGGUCACCCUGUGCAUCUCGGUGUUGCUCUCCCUGACCGUGUUCCUGCUGGUCAUCACCGAGACCAUCCCGUCCACCUCGCUGGUCAUCCCGCUGAUCGGCGAGUACCUGCUCUUCACCAUGAUCUUCGUCACGCUCUCCAUCGUCAUCACCGUCUUCGUGCUCAACGUCCACUACCGUACGCCCAAGACGCACACCAUGCCGCGCUGGGUGCGCAGCGUCUUCCUGGGGCUCCUGCCCCGGGUGAUGUUCAUGACGCGGCCCGAGAGGGACCCCGAGAGGCUGGCGGCCUCGGCCCACGGGGGCCUGCCGGCACCGCCGUGCGCCGUGCACGCCGCCAGCGUCCUGCCGGCCCACAAGCAGCAGGCGCUGAACUCGGCAGCACUCCACCCGCGCCAGAGGCUGCUCAUCAGCACCGAGCUCUCCAACCUCAACAACCUGAACAGCGACGCGGGCAUGGCCGGCUCCGGCUUCCUCUGCCGAGAGGGCCGCUGCAACUGCUGCUGGCGCCAGAGGUCCGGCAAGCUGCCGGCGGAGGGGGGCGGACUCGGGGGCGGGAUUGGGACCAUCAGCGGGGGAGGCGGGGUUGGCGGUGGAGGCGGAGUCGCAGCGGGGGACGGCAGCCCCUGCUCCAGCUCGGAGUCCCUGGACGGUGGGCUGUUGUCCCUGACCACCCUGUCUCCUGAGGUGAGGGAGGCCAUCGAAAGUGUGAAGUACAUCGCGGAGAACAUGAGGCUACAGAACGAGGCCAAGGAGGUGCAAGAUGACUGGAAGUACGUUGCCAUGGUGAUCGACAGAAUCUUCCUGUGGGUCUUCAUUCUGGUGUGCAUUCUGGGAACAGCAGGCCUCUUCCUCCAGCCUCUCCUGCUGGGAGAGGACAUAUAA